UUCUCCUCCCAGAUCCACAACAAUGGACAAUCUGACUUCAAACCCAAAGCCUCCAGAGAGAGCUGGGUUUGGCAUGACUGCCACAGGCACUAUCACAGCAUGGAAGUAUUCACCCACUAUGACCUACUUAGCAACAAUGGUACCAAGGUGGCAGAGGGACACAAAGCAAGCUUUUGUCUAGAGGACUCAGAAUGUGAUGAAGGAAUUGAUAAGAAGUACGAGUGUGCAAACUUUGGUGAGCAGGGGAUCACAGUGGGCUGCUGGGAUACAUACAGACAUGAUAUUGACUGCCAGUGGGUGGACAUUACAGAUGUUAAACCGGGAGACUACAUAUUCCAGAUCAUAAUUAACCCCAAUUAUGAGGUUUCAGAGUCAGAUUACACCAAUAACAUUGUCAAAUGCAGAUGUCGAUAUGAUGGUCACCGUAUAUGGAUGUAUAAUUGCCAUAUAG